AUGUCGGAACCUUCCGAAUCGCGUACUUCCUUCUCGGAUCUUCCUAUCGAGCUUCGCUUAGUUAUUUGGAAUCUUGCAAUAUCUCCCCGAGCUGUAGUAGUCCAAUUCAACUACACAAAGAAAUCCUGCAUCUCGAAGGACAUCCCCUCUUUACUCCUCGUUUCGCGCGAAGCUCGAGCCGAAGCUCUUCAAAAAUAUGAAAUAAGUUUUGGAACUCGUACUAAAGUCAAUUCGACCAUUUACUUCAACUACGAACUUGACACUGUUAUCUUUGAUUGGGAAUCCUUCCGAAACUCCUAUCCGAGCCUUCAUAUGCUUUACCACGCAGAAUGUUGUCGAAUAAAACGAAUCCGUAUGUCGGACAAGACUCUUGAUUAUCUAGUCAAAAACGGAAUGCGAGAUUUAACUGCAUUCAAAGAAGUCGAAGAAGUCUCUAUCUCAGGAUGCUGUGGAGGUGUGGUAAAAUCUAGAGAAGAAAAUUUCUUGUCUAGAUUAAGCGACUGGUUCAUGGAUGACAUGAAUUACUACAGUGCCGAAAACAGUCGAUUGCUACCAAGGUUUAGUUGUCUGGAUGGCGGUCGUGAUUGCCCAAGACAUUUUUGGUUCCGACAGUGGAAUAAUUGGGCCGGACCAAGAGGAAUACGGAAGAUGGCCUGGACUGGCAUGUUCAUGGAAGCUUACAUAAAUCUAGGUCUCUCAGAUUGA